CAAAAAAAAAAACACAAAAAAAAAAAAACCAAAACCAAUCAAACGAAACAACAAUUAUAAAGGAUACAAUGCUAGCAGCAGCAACAACACCAAAAGGAACGACUACUACAGCAACAACAACAACCACAACGAUAGCAAGAUCAUAAACAUAAAGUUGACACAUGAGCAACAUCGGGAGUGAAACGAAGCAAUUGACUUAUGUGGCGGCCGGUUCAUGGCUAGCAUAAAAAGUGAAAUGCCGCCACUGCAUGCGGCCGAGGCGCUUGUAGCCUCCAGCAGCAGCAGCAGCAGUGUUGCCGAUAGUGGUGGUGGCAGCGGCGGCGGAGGAGGAGGAGCGCCACCGCCAACAGCAGCAGCUGCAACAUCAGCAAGUGGAGGAUUAGGAGUGGGUGCCACCUCUAGUAGUGCCGAUAGAGGCGGUGGCAGUGCACCAGCAACACCAAAUGCAACAAUUAGUGCUGCAGCCGAUUCCAGUGAUAAUCAACCGGGUACACCUCAACCCACACAACAGCAACAGACACAGCAGCUGCCGCAGCAGCAACAGCAGCAGCAGCCACAAAGCAUGUCUAGCAGUGAUCCUCAGGUGACGGGCAUUACCCAUCAACCGUAUGCCAAUCACCAUCAUAUGUAUUCAACGCCAGCUCAAUCUCAAUCAUUGGCUAUGCAACAGCAGCAGCAGCAACAACAGCAGCAACAUCAGCAGCAGCAGCAGCAACAACUAUAUGGUGGUCUCUAUUCAAGCGAUAUGCAACAACAGGGCAGCUAUGCCACUAGCUACAUUAACAGCUAUGAGCAAUUCUAUCAACAGCAGCAGCAACAGCAACAACAACAGCAGCAGCAGCAACAGCAACAGACUCCUGACUAUUCCUACGGAUCGUCAGUACAAAGCAGCUCUUCCAGUGUACGUUAUCAUCCUUACCUGCAAACUCCAACAUCAGCGGUGAUUGCUGGCGAGGAUGCUGGAACAGCUCCUAGUGCCGUUAGCACCACAACAACAACCACCACAUCGGCAAUGAGUCCCCGUGUGGUUAGCAGCAGUAGUCCCACAUCAACGUCAUCGCAUCUGCAACUGGCCAAUGGCCAGACACCAGGAUCGCCGUCAAACGGUGGCGGCAGCAACAGCGGAGGCGGCAAUUGUAAAUUGCAAUGCAAAAAAUGCGGCAUCCUGACCACCAACGAGUCAGAGUUGCAGGAGCAUAUUGCCAAUGUGCAUGGCGAAUCACCUUAUGGUAGUAGUGGCUAUGCCAGUUCACCAUACAUCAAAGAGGAGCCACAACCAGCUCAGGCGAAUCCCGGUGAGCUAUUGGAUUUGGAUUCACAGAAAAUGGUAUACCAUCAGCAAUUGUUGCAGCAGCAGCAGCAGCAACAACAGCAGCAGCAGCAACAGCACGAGACCAUUGUCCCCGGUGGUCUUCCCAUGCCACUGGCUCUGCCCGAUCCCUUGCACUCCAUGCAAUCAAUGCAACAACGAGCCCUCCACAGUUGGGAUCAGCCGCAGAGUCAGGCGGUGGACACCGGACUGCCAGCAUAUAUGCAGCCAGUGGGCGUUGGUGUGGUCGGAGUCGACAAGUCGCCAUAUUAUUCACCCAAACAGUCACCCUACAGUCACCAUCAAGCCCCAGGCAGUCUCAUCAAGCAGGAGUAUGGCCUCAUCAAGGCCGAGUAUCCGGACUCCCAGCACUAUGUGGACAAAUCCUUUGAUCCCACAGCCGGCGGGGGUCCAACGGGUGAUCUUUGUGCCACCAGUCCCGCGGAAUUCCCCAGCACUACAACAGGCGGACCCGGUCAGGAUGCCACCGGCGCCACAAGCGGUGCUGGCGGUGCGGCUGGCUAUCGUAAUUUUGAACCACCCACCUCGAGCUCUGUAUUGCCGGCCAAUAGUCUAACGGCCAAGGCGGCCACCUGGAAAUCGAAUGAGGCUCGUCGGCCCAAAACCUAUAAUUGUACCGCCUGCAACAAGUGGUUCACCAGCUCCGGCCAUCUGAAGCGGCACUACAAUACGACGUUGCACAAGAAUGCUGUCAAGUCAAGCGGUCAACCGGAUCCUGCCACAUUGCCCAUAUCGGCCCAUCAUCAUCCAUCACGGGAUCCGGUCACUAAGAGCAGUAGGCGUGGCAAUGCUGCUGCUGCAGCAGCGGCUGCGGCGGCAGCAGCUGCCGCUGCCGCUUCUGGUGUCAAUUCGGUGCAAGCAGGAACUGGAGGAGGACCACCGCCGCCGCCAAAUAAUGUGCAACCGCCGGAACCGCCUAGAAGUCCGCCCGAUUAUGGAGGAGGUGGGGGCGGGGUUCAAGGGGUGGGCGGGUACUCGGCCUCGCCGUCACCCACCACAAAUGGUGCCAGCAAUGGCUAUCCGAGCAAUGGCUAUGGCUACAUGCAACAACAACAACAACAACAAGUGCAAUCCACGACAAACGCUUCACCACAGCAUGCUUCCAAUCAUCAUCACCAACAACAACAACAACAACAACAACAACAGCAGCAGCAACAACAACAGCAGCAGCACAACUCCGUUUUGAACGGUCACCCAAACGGGCUAGCAGGUCCCUCCGCCCCACACAACAUCAACAACAACAUCAACAACAACAACAACAACAAACCAAUGCCGUCCUCCCAAAUGAGGGGCCUGCUGAACAAAACAACAACCAUCACACCAACCACAACAACAACAACCACCAUACCCAUACCCAUACCCAUCCCCAUGCCCAUGCCCAUGGCCAUGCCCAUAUCCAUGGCCAUGCCCACCACCCACAUGCCACAAGCAAUAGCUAUAAAGAGCGAGCUAACGGAGGACAGCAACAACACCAUCCACAACAACAGCAGCAUCAAACAGGAGGAGCAGCAACAGGAGGAGGAAAUGGCGAGAGCGGAAACGGCAACACAUCACAGCAGCAGUCGCAGCUCAAUGGCCAUGGAGGAGGAGGAGGAAUUGGAGGAGGAGGAGGAAUUAUCGGGGGAGCUAUCGGAGGUUCUGGAGGAGCAGGAGGAUCAGGCGAUAGCAGCCGAUCACCGCCAGCAGGUGGAUCAGCAGCAGCAGCAGCAGCAGCAGGUCAAUUAUCUGCUGGCGCAACGACAAUAUCACAGCAGCACCCCCAACUCCAGCACCAGCAACCACAGCAACAGCUUGGUCAGCAGCAGCAGCAGCUCGCCCCAUCCCCUUACUACCACCACCACCACCCACAUUUACCACCAGGAGCCGCAGGCAAUGGAUUUCUCGCGCACCACCACCACCACCCUCACCCAGCCGCAGCCGCUGCCGCCGCCUAUGGGAAUGCCGCUGCCGCCUAUGGGAAUGGAUUACAACAUGCUGGCUUUGGAUAUGCCCAGCAAUAUGCUGCAGUGCAGCAGCACCAGCACCACGCCGCUAGCUACUAUCACCACCACCAGUAUGGACACUAUGCAGCCGCCGCUGCAGCAUCUGGUGCACCAUUACCAGGCGGCGGUGCUCCAACAGCAGCAACAGCCAUUGGACCAGGAGGAACAGCAACAGCAGCAGCAGCACCACCACCACCACCUCCAGCAUCAUCAGCAGCAGCAGCAACAAUUGCAGGAGCAGGAGGAUCAUCAUCACCAUCAUCUGCAUCCUCAGCAGCAGCAGCAGCAGCAGCUAAUGCUACGGGACAAUAUGCCGCACAGCAGCAGCAGCAACAGUUCCCCACCGCCGCCGCUGCCGCCGCACAUGUCGCCCAUGCCCAUCACCACCACCACCACAGCGCAGCAGCUGCUGCCGCUGCAGCUGCAGCCGCUGCCGCCGCCGCCGCACAUCACCAGCACCAUGCCCAUGCCCACCAUGCCCAUGCCCAUCAUGCCGCCGCCGCCGCCAUGUUACCAGCAGCUGCAGCCGCUGGAGCACACAAUGAGCUAUCACACUAUUAUUGGUAAUGAGGCUGCCGCCGCCGCAGCCGCUGCUGCCGCUGCCGCCGGCGCCUCGACUGGCGGAACUUAUGGCGAUGGACAACAUCAGAUUCUCCAAUUGAUGCCCGCCUCACUGUUUGCCCCCUAUGCACCGCUGUCGCCCUAUUCGGUGGCUGCGCAGAGAUCACCGCAAGAGGGGGAUUUGCCGCCGGUGCACACAUUGACAACGGCAUUGCAUGCCCAAUUACAGGGACAACACGAGGCGCAGACGCCGACGACAACACCCACAUUGACUGUGUUGGCCAGUGCCACGCCCUAUUCGCCAACAGUGAGCAGUUCGAGGGCAACACCAGCCUUGGAAUUAGAAAUGGCCACAAUGAUGGUGCAUCAGCAGCAGCAGCAGGAUUAUGAAUUGCAGCCAUAUCAAUUGCAGCAACAACAACAACAACAUCAUCAUCAGCAGCAGCAGCAGCAACAGCUAGAUCAUCUCCAACAGCAGCAGCAGCAGCAGCAGCAACAACAGCAGCAGCAACAACUCGAGAUCCAAAUGCAACAGGUGGAACCAAUACAAACGCAAACGCAAACAAAAAAACGACGAGCUCCAGCUGGAACGGCAACCGGUGGAGCAGCUAAACGGCGUCGCAACAGCAGCAUUGGCAGUGGAUCAACAUCACCACAUUCGACCACAUUGCCAUCGGGUCGCAUCAAAUGCCUGGAAUGUGACAAGGAGUUCACCAAAAAUUGCUACCUAACGCAGCACAACAAGAGCUUUCAUUCCGGUGAGUAUCCAUAUCGAUGCCAGAAAUGUGGCAAACGAUUCCAGAGCGAAGAUGUCUAUACAACGCAUCUGGGGCGACAUCGCACCCAGGAUAAGCCCCAUAAAUGCGAGCUAUGUCCCAAGCAAUUCCAUCACAAGACCGAUCUCCGGCGACAUGUCGAGGCCAUUCAUACGGGCCUCAAGCAGCAUAUGUGCGAUAUCUGUGAGAAGGGUUUCUGUCGCAAAGAUCAUUUGCGAAAGCAUCUCGAGACCCAUAAUCGGCCACGUGUAGUGGGUAAAAAGGCGGCAGCAGCAGCAGCAGCUGCAGCAGCAGCAGCGGCGGCAGCAGCGGCAACACAAGCUACUACCCCGACUGCUGCUACUGGCACCACCUCCAUUACAACCACUAACACUAUCAAGGCAGCCUUUAGCCGGAUUGAGAUUGCAUCAAAUCAAGACCAACAGCAGCAGCAGCAGCAACAACAACAGCAGCAACAGUUGCUGCUACUGCAGUCCCAUCAAAACAAUCUCAAUCCGAGUCUGAAGCGUUGCAUUGAUGAUGUGGCCGCCGAUGAUGAUAGUUUGCUCGACGACGAUGACGAAGAUAAUGAGGAAGAGGAUGAUGAGGAGGAUGAAGAGUUGGGGGAUCAUCAUGCUCAUCAUCAUCAACAACAACAACAGCAACAACAACAACAUCUUCUGAUUAAGAAUGAAUUUGUUGAGAUGAAGCCAGAGAAUGAGUAUGAAGAAGAUUUUCAAUUGAUUGAAAAGAAUAUUGAACUAUAUUGACAAGGCUAAAAGACCUCCUUGUCCCUUCCAUUCAUCCGGAUUCCUUAAGGUUUUGAAAUGCUCUGGAACUUUGUAAACUAAUCGAUAUUCGAAUUCCAUUCUAAAUGCGAAAGAACACCAGAAAAACCCAAAAACUCAUUUGAUUUGCCAAAAAAAAAGAAAGAAAAA